CAUUAUUAAUUUACUAUCGUGUUCAGUGCAGUGCCAAUAAUGGACUUGAAGCUUUUAUUAGAAUUUGUGAUAUUUAUAUUAAGCCCAAAUCAUAUCGGAUGUUUAUCAGCACGGCAACGGGAUAAAUCAUUCCACAUCUAUAAAUUAGAAGACGGAUGUCGAGAGUCUAACGGAUUGACAUUACCACUUCAACUAAAAAAUAUUAAAAUCGGAGUAGAAGAUACUACUUAUAAAAUUGCUUUUAAUAUAGUCGUAAACGAGGACAUUUAUGAGAAUUAUAAGCUAGAAUUUCAAUUAGUCAGAUGUAAGGACAAGGGUUCAUUAAAUUCCUGCGAGAAUUUUCAUAAAAUACCGAUUCCAUAUUUCUGUAAGUUUCUAAAUAACGAUGGUCCCUGGUUACGGUACGUCCAAGCUCUAAAACCACCUCUGCAAUGUCCUAUGAAAAAGGGUUUGUAUACACUUCCCAAAGGUCUAACAGUUGACGUUAAGGAAAUAGCGAAACUUCGCUUAGCAGAUGGAAGUUUAUUUCAGAUCCACAUCAAAUCUUUUGGACAUACAUCUAAUAAACUUUUAUUUUGUGCAUUUGCUGAGGGACAAGUUGUUUGA